CCAAGCUAGACGAUGACUCGUUUCUUCAAUGGGUAUUGACUAACAUUGGUGUAAGAAAAAUGAGCCAGUUAACACCAAAAUGCAAGUCACUAUACAGAGGAAGUGUAUUGCUGAGUAGACGUUUGCGAUGGGAACAAAAGAAAUCAUUCACCUUCAAAAGUCGUUUGUCAGCAGCUGAGAAAUUUUCUGAAGGGUUUUUAAAUUCAAAAGCCGUAAGUCGUAUGACUUUUGCAGCUGCCAUUUUCACUAAUUUACAACUGCGUGCAACAAAUCAAAAAGCGCGAGGUAGAAGAUUUACUUUAGAUGAAAAACUACUCAGCUUAUCUCUCUACAAACAGAGUGCAAAAUCAUAUCGAACAUUAGCAAAACUAUUCACUCUACCUGGCAGAAAAACUUUGACGAAUUUACUAUCCAAAAUCCCAGUAAAUCCAGGAAUUGAUCAAACAUUGAUGAAAGUUUUGAAAACCAAUGUCGUCAAGUUAAGUGCUAGGCAAAAACUCUGUACAAUUUUAUUCGAUGAGGUCAGUCUGGACCCAAAUUUAACUUAUGAUCAUAAUACCGGCAUGAUAACUGGUUUUGAAGACAAUGGUAUAGGAAGGACCCAACAUUUUGCUGACCACAGCUUGGUAUUCAUGAUUCGUGGCGUGGUUAAAAAAUAUAAGCAACCCAUAUCUUAUACUUUUUGCAAGGGCACCACCAGUAGCCACGAUUUGUCAAACCAAAUAAAAAAUGUGAUUCAAGCAGUGCACGAAACAGGGUUGCAUGUUGUUGCAUCUGUUUGCGAUCAAGGAGCCACAAACAAAGGUGCCAUUAAUAUGCUGCAUCGUGACACUAGAGCGGAGGCACUAAGAAAUAAUAUUCAAUUUAAAGAAGAGUUUUACAAUGUUCAAUGUGGGGCAGAUAUAUUGAAUGUUGUACAUAUCUAUGAUCCACCUCAUCUACUGAAAGGAGUGCGUAACAACAUUCUCAAUAAAAAUGUUUUAUUCACCAUGGACGGACAACAAAUGGAGGCCAGCUGGAGUGACAUUACCGAACUAUAUGAAUUGGACUGCAAGAUCGAGGAUGUGAGAAUGCUACCAAGGCUGACAGCCGAACAUAUAAUUCCUAAUAAAAUUAAAAAAAUGAAAGUCAAAUGUGCUGUGCAGGUUUUAUCCGAAAGAGUUGCAUCCAUAAUGUCAUUUUUAGCUUCAAAAAAAAUUUUAAAAGAAAAGGCGAAAGACACUGCAAAAUUCUGCCAGUUUUUUGACAAAUUAUUUGAUUCAGUAAACGGGAGCUAUGACAAGGUAGUAGAUGGAAAAAUAUAUCGCACCGGCCUGAAAAGGUACUCUCCACACCAUGAGUUAUGGGAAGUGUCGCUCAAAGUGUUGCAGUCAAUGUAUUUCAUAGAUCCUGUCAGUAAAAAAAAGACAGUUCCUCAACCUCCAACAAUUAAGAAUUGGAUAAAAACUAUUAAAGGAUUUCAAGAGGUAUUUAAGUUAUUGAACAAGAUGGGUAUAAAAUCAAUUCUCUUAAGAAACUUUAACCAAGAUUCACUAGAGAAUUUUUUCGGAGCAUUGCGUGCCCUGGGCUACAGAAACACCAAUCCGACUUGUUACCAAUUCAUUUCCUCAUACAGAACUCUGCUUCUCAACAACUUAAUGUCUUCACAUUCUCCUGGGAGCAAUUGUGAAGAAGACUUCAGCGACGGUUGCUUAACAUCGUAUAAGACAUUGUUUGAAACGUUUGAAGACAACUUGCCAGAACAAUGUGAUGAACCUGAACCUAGAGUUUCGGAUGGUACUCCAAAACAAAUAACAAAUUUUAGUUCAGAAAUCUUACAAGAUUUACAGUUCCAGACUCACAACUAUAUAGCUGGGUUUGUAAUUAAAAAAUUAAAUAGUAUUUUAUUUAAAAACUGCACAGUUUGCUUAAAUCAAGUGUGUUCCUUAACAACAGCUAAGGGACAUCAACUAACUGUUGCCAGAGAUUACAAUCCAAAUGGUAAACUUUUAUUAAAGUACCCUAACAAAAUUUUUUGUUCUUUAGUAAAAAAAUCAAUUGACUUGAUUGCUCAGUUUUUGCCCUCAAUUUGUCAUCAUAAAACAUUAAAAAAUGAAUUAUCAAAAAUAUUGACACACCAAAUUAAUGUUAAUGUGAUAAAUUGUGAAGAGCAUGGUCAAUUGUUUCCUAAACAGUUUUUCGAUUUUGUAAUUAAAUUAAUGGUCCACAAUUGGUGCACUCAAAUCAAUAGAAUUUUGUCUGGAAAACUGGGCAUUGGUAAAAAUGAAAGGGACCAAAUAAAAGUGAAUGCCUUUCAUCGUUACCAAACUUUUUGUAAAAAGUCUAAAUACAAAUAAUUUUAUUUUGUUACUCAUAUUUUUAGUAUUGUGAAUAUAACAUAUUAUAUUCUUACGUACCUUACUAUUGUACUUUUAAUUUUAAAUUUUAUCAAUUAUAUUAUUAAUAUUGACUAUGUGUAUAACCUCAUGUGAAUUUUUGGUGACGUUGAAAACAUGCAAGACUACAUUUUUAUUAUUUAUUAUAGUAUUUAAGUUGAAUUAAUAUUAUAAUGUUAUAAUUUUUUAUUCGUUGCUACAGUGAUAUAUUAUGUCAUAA